CGCCGGAGAGGUCUACAUAAAGAAAGGCAAAAGCGUUGAGGGGAGCCAUAGAAGAAGCGAAGCCAGUCAGCAGAGCGGAGCUUGGCUUGUGCGCGAGGUUUAUUCCCCUCAGGAGCCUUCGAAAGCGGCCUGAGGAAAAUCUCUCCUGAGGAAAAAGGCCGCGAAGGGGUUUGUUUUGGAAAGCCUCUUAAGGUGGAUUCACUCUGAGGGGAAUUUCUUGGUCACCUGCUUUUUUUCUUUUAAGGUGGACCGGGCCGCCUUUGGAGGAGACGGCAGGCCUUAUUCGCUCGACGGCAGCAUGAGGAAAGUUCGGUAGCCGGGCCUGGCGCGCCUUGGCCCUCGCGCGCCCGUCACAAUGACUCCAUUCCAGCCUUUUCCCAGAGCGAGACCGCCGGUGGGCCAGGAAGCGCCGGGGAGGGACCGGAGAGAAGCCUUCUUGCUCGCCCCGGGCUUUUGGGACACUUGUUCGCUUGUCUUGUCGUCGUCUGUCUCGUCUUUUUUCUGAAGGGAGACUUUUAAGGAGGCCUCUCCCUCCCCCUUUCCAUCGAUUGGCGUUGGAUUUUGGUUUGUUUUGCUCGAGAUGGAGACGGUGGGGAAAUUUGAGUUCAGCAGGAAAGACUUGAUCGGCCAUGGAGCCUUUGCUGUCGUCUUCAAAGGGAGGCACAAAGAGAAGCCUGAAAUGGAGGUAGCAAUAAAAUGCAUUAACAAGAAGAACCUGGCAAAGUCGCAGACUCUUUUGGGAAAAGAAAUCAAGAUACUCAAGGAGCUGAAACAUGAAAACAUAGUUGCCUUGUAUGACUUCCAGGAGCUGGCCAACUCAGUUUACUUGGUGAUGGAGUACUGCAAUGGUGGGGAUCUGGCAGAUUACUUACACAGUAUGAGAGCACUUAGUGAAGAUACGAUCCGGCUCUUUCUCCAGCAAAUUGCUGGUGCUAUGAAGGUUCUGCACAGCAAAGGGAUAAUCCAUCGGGAUCUGAAGCCUCAAAAUAUCCUCCUUUCUUUUGUGGAGGGCAAGAAAUCGAACCCUAACAACAUUCGCAUAAAGAUUGCUGAUUUUGGAUUUGCACGAUACCUGCAGAACAAUAUGAUGGCAGCAACUCUCUGUGGCUCCCCCAUGUACAUGGCCCCAGAAGUUAUUAUGUCUCAACACUAUGAUGCCAAAGCUGACCUGUGGAGUAUUGGCACCAUCAUUUACCAGUGUCUGACUGGAAAAGCACCAUUCCAGGCAAGCAGUCCUCAAGAUCUUCGACUUUUCUAUGAGAAAAACAAGGUGCUCACGCCCAACAUCCCAAGAGAGACAUCAACCCAUUUAAGGCACCUGCUGCUGGGACUCUUGCGACGAAACUCCAAGGACCGGAUGGACUUUGAUGCAUUUUUCCAUCACCCUUUCUUGGAUGCAAGUGCCUCUAUGAAAAAAUCUGCUUUUGUGCCAAUGCCUUCUUAUCCAAGUUCUGGCUCUGGGAGUUCAUCCAGCAGUUCCUCUACAUCCCACCUAGCAUCUCCUCCUCAGUCCCUUGGAGAGAUGCCACAUCUCCAAGAGAAGAUUUUGGCCUCCCCUACCCAGGAUUCGCCGGGCUUUCUCCAUGGCUCUAAGGAAUCCGCUGGCAGCAGCAGCAAAAACUCCUCUUGUGACACUGAUGAUUUUGUCAUGGUGCCCGCCCAGUUUUCAAGUGAUAUAGCUGUGGAGACUGCAGGAGGAAAACCAGUUCAGGAUAGCCUGAUGUGUAGUGGAAGUUCUUCGGCAACUUCAGCAUACUUGGAAAGUCAGGGAAGAACGCCAUCACCUCCCUAUAACAGUCCUCCUGGCCCAUCCGGGAGGACUAGCCAGUUUUCUUCGAGCAGCAAAUAUGGACAGUCUGUUCCCAUCCCAGUUCCUACACAGAUUCAUAACUACCAGCGGAUUGAGCAGAACCUUCAGUCUCCUAACCAAUAUACUUCACCACAGUCUGCUACAGCCAGGAGAUCAAGAAACACAAGCCCACACAGUUGCAAAAAGGCUAGCCCUUCCCCUCCAUUUGUUUGUGGAGAGCAUGGAGUUGUGUCAGCUCCCAGAAGAUUUUCUUUUGGUGGCGCUAAGCCUUAUACACCAUCCCCACAAGUGGGAACAAUUCCAGAGCAGCCUGACCAGACUGUUAUCCCUUCUCUUCUUGGAGCAGAGAUGAGAAGCCGGGUGCCCAUGACUGGUGCCUCAGUGCCUGACCCUUCCCUGCGAGGAAUGGGCUCCCGUCUCCACAGUGCUCCCAACCUGUCAGAUUUGCAUUCCUGCCAGCAGAAGAUAAAGAAGCAGUACUCAGAACCGCUGGUCACUCAUUUUGGCCACAUUCCAACUGGUCAGUCCGCACAGACACAUGGACUACAAGCUUGCCUCCCUCUGAGGUCUUCCCCAAAGCUGUCUGAAUUCAUGCAGAGGAGCCCCUUGCCAACUAUUAUGGGGUCUCCAACAAAGGUCCUGUCGCCUUUUGAGUUCAAUAAAACCCCAAGUUCCCAAAACCUGCUGACCCUCCUGGCCCAUCAAGGUGUAAUGAUUGCCCCCACAAGGAAUAGGACGUUGCCUGACUUGAAGGAGAUGGGCUAUUUCCAUUGCCAGCAAGCAGGGCUUGGUUUGAAGCCUAUGGAAGAAGCAAAGGGCAGAUCAUUCAGCACUGGUCGCCUUACAGACCUUCUUCUCAAGGCUGCUUUUGGGGAAGCUGGGAGUAACGACAGCUUGAACAAUGAGAAGCCCAUGGAGAUCACAGCUCCUUCUGCCGGAGCCCUACACGCAGGAGCCAGGGAUAGGGGUUCAGCAAGCCCCUCCCCAGUCAUCUUUACUGUGGGAUCCCCUCCCAGUGGGACAACACCUCCACAGAUCACCAGGACCAGGAUGUUUUCAGUUGGCUCAUCUAGCUCUCUGAGUUCUGGAGGAUCUCUCAGUGGGCGGCACUUCAUCAUGGGCACCGGUGGAGAUGUGCUGGAAGCCUCCUUGGGUCUCAGAUACACCUUUGCCGACCCCCUCACUGCCAACCUGGAUGGAGCAAUUACCUUUGAGGCACCAGAGCUACCAGAAGAGACGCUCAUGGAACAAGAGCACACAGACAUCCUGUGUAGCCUGCGGUUUACUCUGGCCUUUGUCCAUUAUGUGAUGGAAAUUGCGGCCAUCAAAGGGAACACCAGCGAGCUGAACACUUCCUUGGCUUCUGAGUAUCAGCUCCAGGAAAGCGUCGUGGCUGACCAGAUCAGCCUGCUGAGCAAAGAAUGGAGUUAUGCAGAACAGCUGGUAUUGUAUCUGAAGGUAGCAGAAUUAUUGUCUGCUGGCCUCCAGAUGGCCAUAGACCAGAUUCGAGCGGGCAAGCUGUGUCUUUCUUCCACUGUCAAGCAAAUUGUAAGGAAACUCAACGAUCUAUAUAAAUCCAGUGUAUCCUCUUGCCACUGCCUGAACAUGAGGCUGCAAAGAUGGUUCUUGGAUAAGCAGAAGCUCAUGGAUCGUAUCAACAGCAUCACCGCUGAGAGGCUCAUCUUCAACCACGCUGUGCAAAUAGUCCAGGCUGCAGCACUGGACGAGAUGUUCCAUCACCGAGAGGACUGCGUGCAACGAUACCACAAAGCAUUGCUUCUGAUGGAGGGGCUUUUAAACAUCAUCUCCGAGCAAGGAGACAUUGAGAACGUUAAUAAAUGCAAGAUGUGUAUUGAGCGCCGACUUUCAGCUCUGCUGUCAGGGAUCAGCGCAUGAUGGAAUAGCCUGCUCCUCUUCUGACUCGUCUGUCUCUCAAAUUGUCUGCUGCCAAAAAGACACAUCCUACUUGAGCAGGCUUCUCAGUGAUCGUUUUCUCCGACGGCAGCAAUUAUUUUCCCCAUCAGACAACAGGGAUGGAAACCUUCCCCCAGAGUAGAUACACUCUCUAUUCACACACAUCAAUCUCUGACUUCGGGGGAGAUUAGCAGGAAUUGUUGCAGUCCUUUUGCCACUGAGACAAAGGACAGAAGGGUUGUCCACCAACAUGCGAGUUGGACACACUGUGGCUUUUUUGUCCACUGCUGGCGGUGGAUACGUUGAAUUGUUCCGCUCUUGGAAAUAAAGGUGGUUUAUCCUGAAGGAAAUGUCAUUGGACAGAAACCACGUAGGCCAAUUGCAUUCUCAACCAUGUGUGUCAGUCACCAAUCACUCUGGACUACCGCGUAACACUGCUUGUUGUGGUGUCUCAUUGUUUAUAGCAUGCAAAGAACAGCAAUUACAUGGCAAGUGGAGGUCGAGUGUCGCCAGCUAAUCUCUGGCUUUUUGUCCAUCCAUAGCAAUGCUUCAGGCCUUACCUUUCCAGCAGACAGAAUGGUGGGUGGUGGCAAGGCACAGGACAGAGGAGACAAGUCUUGAAUAAUUGAAACAUUGAAUAAUGCUAUCUGUAAUGAAAAACUAAUCGGAGACUACAACGUCGACUCCAAGCCGUCUUGCAUCAGUCUCAAGAAGCUGCGAUCCAUACACAUACACACAUCUCUUCACCCAAAGGAGAAUUAUUAAGUAGAUGCAUGGCUGUAGCCCUCUUCUCUCAUCGAUGCAUUUAUGGCAUGUGAAAGCAUCUGUGCUGUUUUUGGCUUUGGGCUGUGCUUGUCAAGAAAACAAUCUCCUCUACCGAAAGGGUGGAAAAUGAAAAAGAAUCACACAUACACACACACUUUGUGAAACCAAAGGAGCACUUUAUGGACAAUGUGAACUUCGCCUUUUGGCCUCUCAGUGAUCCAACAAUGUCAUCAUCAUAGGAAUGCCCUUCCCUUGCUUUUUUUUCUGUUAAUAUGUUGUUGAUUGUUUGUUGAGGUGGUUUUUUUAAAAAAAAAAAACAUUGCACUACAAGUGUGUGUGUACACAUACACAUGCAGACACAUAUUAAUACAUAUUAAUUGAUUUAAUGUGCAUUGAUAUGUAUAUGAAAUAAUGUAUUGUGUAAUUGUAUGUGUUUUAACUGUACUGUAUCUUAUGCUGGAGAGGAAAGAAAUAACCAUUAGACUGUCUGUGUUCUCUUCAUGGUUAGGGCACCAGCUGGAAAGUCUGCAGUACCUGGGAUUACAUGCUUUGUAUUUAGGUGUUUUCUUCUUUAUUUUGCUCUUUUUUAAUGGAUAUACUGUUCAAAGCUUGGUGCUUUAGAAAUGCUUAAGGGCAAGAUCUUGAUUUCAUGCUUGCUUAGAAGUUGCUUUUGUCUCCUUUUGCUGAUUGGUUUUCAGUUUUUAAAAAAAUCUUUUGGCUGUUUUUCACUUUUCCAACAUUUCCUUUGCCCAUGUUUAAAGCAACUAAGUAGCCAUAAAGAAAAAGAGGCAUGUUACAUGUAUUAACAUAUGGCUGUGGGGUUGGUUGGUUGGUUUGUUUGUGUGAGUGCAUUUGAGCUGAGGUUGUGGUGACUAAAUGUGUGAGAUUUUCUGUGGUGGGUUUUUUUUGUUUUGUUUUAGAAUGGAUCCAGUUUACAGCAGUAUUUUAUGUGCUAGACUAGGAAACAGCUGUGGCAAACAAAAGGUGGAUUUCAGGGCUAGUUUUUGUUUGUUAGUUUGUUUAUUUUAAAAGAAUGGAUCAAAUAUAUUUAUUUUCACACUGUGGGUUUGGUCUUCAUCACUCACCUUCGCGUGUGUGUUUUUGUGGGCUCCCCUUUCAGAAAUAAGCAAGGAACAAUUGUAUCAACUUGGAAAAGACUUCCAUGGUUUCUGGCAGUACCAGGAAAAAAAGGACACACCAGUAUUUCAGAUUCGUACAUUUGAUAGGAUCUGUAGCUUUAAUCUGCUCUUCAGUGUCAUCUUUUAUUUUCCAUUUUCUUUCUGUGGCUAGUUCAAAUAGGCCUCAAUAUUGGAAAAACCAAUGGGUAAAAGCAGGAAACCAUUGGUCCCAUUUUAAUAUUGUUUUUUCAGCAGUUUUUGGCUCAGAUGUAUUCUGGUUUACUAUAAAAGGAAGACAGAAUAUGUCAGACAAGAUUUUUAAUUUCUCUGACUAGUCCCAUGUAUCUUAGCCUAUAUGUGGUCUUCUUCGGGGACUGUUAAAUGACAAAGUGGGAAAUAGAGAAAUAAUGCAUAGGUAACAACGAUAGAAAUAAUCAUUGUAAGCAAAGCAUAGACUACAGAAUUACCAUAUAUUUUUGUGCAUUUCUGCCACAUAACAAAUUGUAUAUAAAAUAGAUUCCUUAAGAAAUAGUAUAUAAAGUAAGUUAAAACUGGUAAUACAUAUGAAAAUGCUUACAAAACAAUUUGAAAAUGGACUUUUCAGAGACUUCAAAAGAGUGUCCAAAGGUUUCUUUUCAUAGCUCCAGCAGAAGACCAAACCAAUGUUUCCUGGCCAAAAUACACAGAGCUCAUUUGAAAAAUAAAAAAAAUAUUUUAUAAAUCCUAAGUACUGUAUCUCUCUUUAUUACUGGAUCUUUUCAGUUUCUUCUGUCUUUUUUUUUCUACUAAAAAUUGGAUUUUGGUUCCUAUUUUUAAUUAAUUAAAAUAUAAAACAUAAUCCAGUUCCUUGUAGGCAGAAUUUAGACCACGGAACCAUGCACCGCAUUGGGAAUUUCAAUGUUUCUUAUGCUGUCGCUUGAUUCAUUGUGUGAGAUGGGAUUGAUAGAUUUGAAUUGGCAUCAAGUUGCAUGCAAGUGAAGCAAUCUUUUACAAAGAAAAAUACCAUAUGUGUUACAAUGGGCAUCAACUUAGAAUAAGAGGCCCUCCCUUCCACCAGUUUUUAAUAUUUUUUAUAUUUUUAUAAAUAUGUUUUACAUGUCUGGCAUCCUAAGGCAGUUGCUACACGUCAUUAAAGCAUGUCCCAGUCCUCCCAGCAAUCUUCCCCUGCCAAUUCCAUUGAGUGCCCAGUAAACAAGACCGAAUGCAACUGAAUAUUAAAAAAAUAUCCCCACUCAAUUUCUAGCUAAGCCAGUAAAUUAACCCAGGAUUUGCUUCAAAAUAGCAUAGACUCCUUCCUCUGCUACCAUCAUAACCACCUCCAUCAAAGCCAUGAAAUUAAUCAAAAUAAUGUCACUUUGCCAGAUCAGCAUUAACUUUCUAGUUGUAGUUACUUGAAUGUAUCAAAGAUCUUUGCAUUCGAUUUAGCCAUUGCUCCAAAAAUAGUUUACAGAACACCAAUACUUGAAAUUCAGCCACUGUGCUUGGAUUAAAAAAUAAUACUAGAAGCAAGCCAUCUUUUGCUAUCACAUUUGUGAUUUACUCUUCAAGCUUAGCUGCAUGUAGCAUGAACCAUUGGGUGAGAGGUGAGCGGAAGAAGCAAAUCUUGUUUUAUAAAGUAAGAAGAAGAAAAAACCUUUUAAAAGAGGUGAAGUGGCUACUUAGUUUGUUCACUACAGUGUAUGGAUUUAGUCCUGUUGCAGAAUUUCUAUGUAGCAUCGUCACUCGAAACAUUGAGCUAAAUACAUGUACGAUCAGGUUUAAGAGAGAAUGUGCUGUUUGAGCUUCACAUGGUUAUGCUUGAUAGAUGUGUCACUUUAAAAAAAAAGUGUGUUGUGUUCUUGCUUUAAGUUGUAUAACACUGACCUAAGAAAAAUAAACUGAUUUUAAUUGUUUAUUCAA